AUGCACCAUCACCACCACCACCACCACGAUAUUGUUGGCCAUGCCAGUGAACUAGUGCCAGUUGUAGCUGAGGCGUCGGCUCCUCGAUACGGUGAGCGGAUCGUCCCCGGUGCUCAGCCGGCACCCCCUGCAGGACGACCGGCAAAGCCAAUCGUCAAUCGCCAGCGAGUUCCUCAUCGCACCAGGGUGGUUGUUCGACCGAGAACGCAGAGCAACGUAGAGUACUAUCAGCCAACGCCAACUACACAGCCACCACCGCCACCGCCACCAUCUUCGGCGCCAAUUGACAACGACUACUACAAGUCUCCUUAUGAACCUGAAGUAAGCAAACCGCAGGUAGACUCAAUUGCUGCUGUUCCAAUGAAACACGAGCUGACUGAUCAAGACAUUGCUCAGGCCGAGACGCCGAAGCAACCUUUAGAAAAUGGGCUUCCUGAAAACUUACUAAAAUACAUUCGUCAAGUGCAAGGUCUGACUGAAAAGGGCCAAAAUGAAGCCAGUGGCCAGCUGUCGCCACCAGUUUCUGAAGCAGUGCAACCAACUUCCGAUUCAGCUGAUUCAGAAAACGGCAGCGACAAGUGGCGCAUCAUCGGCAGCAACUCUUCGGACAGUGUCCCGUUGAAGCCUUCGGGGCAGCCUGAAUCAACUGCCGGCAUUGCUCAACUUCCUCCCCAGCAAAGCGCUAUUAGCAUCCAGCACCAGCAACAUGUCAGUUCAAUUGUGUCUUCUCGACCUGUUACGCCAAUCACCUCGCCGAUUCAAAAUCAUUGGCAGCAAAACUUUCAUUCCGUUGGAGUCAGUAGCCCAAACCAAUACCCAGCAAGUGAAUACGUGUACAGGCCACCUGAAUUGAAAGUGAUGACCAACCUGCCUCGUUACAAUCCCAAGUUGGAUCAA